GGAUGCGUCUGCGGCGGCAGCCCGCAUGGUGUCGCCUGGUGACGGGGCGCGGGGCUGAACGGAACCGGGUCGAGGUGGUCAAUGAGAGCGAGCAGCAGCAGCUCGAUGAAGAGCCGAUCUCCCCUCUUCUCUCUCCACCAUGCUUCCAUAUGUUAGAAAACACGGUCGUCUUAUUUUAGCAACACCGCCUUCCUCGUCCUCCUCCUCUUCCUCCCUCUCUCUUGGCCACCUCUUUUUCUGAGUUUUGACUUUUUUUUCUUUUAUUUAUUUUUUUCUUUGAACACACACUGGUUGGAAACAUGAAGCGUGGGUCGAGUGUGUUGCAGCCCUCCUCUGAUGCAGCCAAACGACACACACACACAAAGACACACACCGGCGAUGAGGCCCGUGUGCUCAGCGUGUCUGCAGAGGGCACCGCCGACACACACGCCGCCAGUUCAAGCCCCUUCCAAGCAGCCACCUCUCUGUUCAGCCCUGAUGUCAGCUCCAAGAUGGCGUCUGACCUCCUCAUCAGGCUGUCAG